AUGACGUCGACGGGGGCGACCGACCGCAUGGCGACCGACCGCGUGGCGACCGACCGCGUGGCGACCGACCGCGUGGCGACGGUAACGGUGACGGCGUCUCGUAUUCGAGCACACCCAUCGCCGUGCGCGCGCGGUGACCGGGUGAAAAUCCGACGCGCGCGCGUGGAUUCCGUCCCGCCCCGUCGCGAUGUCGGGCCCGAUCGGAUCGCCGAAUCGUCGUCCGGACGUCAAAUCGCGUCGACGUCCAGCGCGCGCGCGCACGGGAACGGGGCGGCGGUGAACAUGGGACCGUGCAUGUCCGUCGUCGGGGGGGCGCUCCCGGCGCCGUCGGCGGAGACGGAGGGACCGUACGCGAUGUACUCGACGGAUUCCACGAAGUGGCUCGACGACGGGCGACGAUUCGGCAUCGUCGAUGGUUCGGCGUCGACGGAGACGCCGGAGACGUUUGUGAAGUCGUUCAUCAAGCAUAAUGAAUCGAACGAGAUGAAGAUCGAUCGGUUGUUCGGGCUGUCGUCGGCGAAGCCGAUGGAGAUUCGAUACUGCACGGAUGAGCUUGGGUUGUCCGUCGCGGAGCCGCUGGACGGGGCGACGAUCGACGCGACGGAUGCGUUUUCGCUCAUCGUCGGCUUCGCACCGGAUCUGCAACAGACGCCGGUCGGUGUCUACCACUCCGGUGCGUACUCGAUGAUGAAGCCGGACGUGAAGCAGAUCACCGUUCCGCUCAUGCCGGCGGUCCAUCUCAUCGACUUGUUCCUCGAAAUCGACGGGAAGAAGUUUGAGGACGGUCACAUUUGCAUCGGCGACGGCUCGAAUUCCAAGGCUCAGGCGAUCAAGGCGUUCGAUGAUCUCAGUAUUUACGAUGACGACAUCAAUAAGUUGCUAAAGGAGUCGCUCACGUCUGGCCCGUCCGACAAGAGCAAGCCGUGGGCCACCAUCGCAGCCGGUAAAGCUCUCAAGACAAACCACGCGCACUUCCCUCUGAUCGCCAAGGACGCGCAUGAGGCCUCGACCGACUUGUCCUCGGACUUCUGUCACGCUUUGUUGACCAAAUUCUCGCAAGCGAUAAAGACACUCAAGCCGGGUUCGCAUACGUUCAAGAUCCAAGUUCGCCCUCGCGGCGUGUUCCACGAGUCGCUCGGUGAAAUUGGUUGGAAGGCGGACGAGAUCUUGGCCAAGACCGACUACGCGCAGUUCUGCCAGGCUUUCCCGAAGCAUUUCGUCACCGAUCCCAACACCGUCGGUUCCACGGCGACGUGGACGAUGACAACUUCGGCUAAGAACGCGAAGGGUCCCACUCGCUCGGCGCACGCGUUUUCUGAUAACUGGCCGAGCGAUGAGAUCCAGGAGUGCGUCGAUAUCGCCAUGAGCCUGUCCGGCAAGGGCCCAGCUGGUGCUGUCGCCUCUAAGGCUGGAUGCGGCCAGUGCGCGCACAUCAUUCUCGUCGGCCACGGCAUCGAGAACAGAACGUUUGGUAAACUCGACACCGACGACUGGUUCCAGUGCUUCGGCUUGUACAAGUCCAAGGACGGUAAGCCCAACAGCCUGGGUGCACAAAUCGAGUUCGGCUGCAAGCGUGUGACGAUGAAGGACGGUAUCCCCGUCUCCGACCCUCAGUGGGAGUGCAGCAUUGUCGGACGCACCGGAUGCACCAAGGAAGACCUCACGAACAGCGAAAUCGAUGCAGCCAUCGCGCGCGACGCCCACCACCUCGAAGACUAG